AUGGGGUACUCAUACUAUGCUGAACGUGUAAGCAAUAAAGACAUAGGAUCUAUGAAAGAGACUGAAUCGCGCUACACCCCUAUCCCCUCCGAAGAUGAGGGCACGGACAUCGUGAGAGACUUAUAUGCCAUCCAUGUCUGGCGACGGAGGUUCUAUGGCCUUCUAUUCUUUUCAAUAUCGGUUACUUCAUUAUUCAUUGCAAGUCUGUUAUACCCCACCAACCGAAUAUCCUCAGGCUGUCCGUUAUCGAUAUCAAAUGUCAAGAUUCCAUAUUCACCAGCACCUGUGAGAUACGUGAAUAGGAACCUCACAAGGGAUUUCGAUAGCUCAAAGUUUUUGGGAAAUCCGCGACUAGAGCUUGAUAAAGCGUGGCAUGGAUUACUCAAUGGAACCGCUAUACAUAUAUCCGAGGAAGACGUCUUGAGGGUUCACGCAUCUAACGCUGUUCGUCUCAAAGAUGGUGGCUAUAUUGGCGGGCUAGGUGUUAUGCACUCAUUGCAUUGCAUAAAACGUAUCAAGCAGUACCUGCACCCAGAAUACUACUAUAGUCAAGGACAACAAGAUUGGGAUGACAUUACUAUACAUAUUGACCACUGUUUAGAAUCUCUUCGUACACAGGCAUUAUGCAAACCUGACCUGAGCCUCUACACAUUCACGUGGACCCCGGAGAAUAAAAUCAAGCCUGAGGUUCAAAUAACCCAAGAGGCUGUCUGUGUUGAUUGGGAUAGGGUCCAUGAAUGGAUGGAAGAAAGGGCGGCGACGAUCAACGAUGUUAUCAGACCGUUGGGAGGUUAG